ACGAACUUUGAAACAAAGCGGGAAGCGACGGGUAACUAACAACGUCCAAAACGAGGAUUUCAAGCGUCGUUUCAAGCGAAAUUCCACAAACUUCUUGCUCCCGAUUCCCGCGCUUAUAAAUAUCUGAAAUCUUCCUAAGUUUCUUUAAUUCACUGCCAAUUUCAAAUCAAAAUCUCCCUCUCUUUCUCCGAAAACAAACAGAUAAUUUUUACUGCAACGGAGAUGAUUGCUACUCUAAAAGCUGUAGAAGCGAGCCAGUUACAGCUGGUGGAGCGAGAAGAUAUUGACGAUGAAGAGGAUUUGUUUGAAUCCAUCAACAAAUUGAUAUCUGCAGGUAUCAAUACCGGAGACGUGAAGAAGCUUCAAGAUGCAGGGAUCUACACCUGUAACGGGUUGAUGAUGCACACUAAGAAGAACUUGACCGGAAUCAAAGGUUUAUCUGAAGCUAAGGUUGACAAGAUCUGUGAAGCAGCUGAGAAGAUAGUGAACUUAGGAUAUAUCACUGGAAGCGAUGCUUUGCUAAGAAGAAAAUCUGUUAUUCGCAUUACAACUGGAAGCCAAGCCCUAGAUGAACUCUUAGGAGGUGGCAUAGAAACAUCGGCUAUCACGGAAGCUUUUGGAGAAUUUAGGUCUGGAAAAACACAGCUGGCACAUACACUCUGCGUUUCUACACAGCUUCCUGCAAACAUGAGAGGAGGGAAAGGGAAAGUUGCUUACAUUGAUACCGAGGGAACUUUCCGGCCUGAUCGAAUUAUACCAAUAGCAGAAAGAUUUGGGAUGGACCCAGCAGCAGUUCUUGACAAUAUUGUUUAUGCUCGUGCAUACACAUAUGAGCAUCAGUACAACCUACUUCUGGGUUUGGCAGCAAAAAUGUCUGGAGAACAAUUCAGACUUCUGAUUGUGGAUUCUGUCAUUGCUCUAUUUCGAGUAGAUUUCACCGGAAGAGGAGAACUAGCCGAGCGCCAGCAAAAAUUGGCUCAGAUGCUUUCCCGAUUGACAAAAAUAGCUGAAGAAUUCAACGUUGCAGUCUACAUGACCAACCAAGUUAUUGCCGAUCCUGGCGGUGGAGUGUUUAUAUCAGAUCCAAAGAAACCAGCCGGGGGUCAUGUGCUUGCUCAUGCGGCCACAAUAAGGUUGAUGUUCAGGAAAGGCAAAGGUGAACAGCGAGUCUGCAAGGUGUUUGAUGCCCCAAAUUUGCCCGAAGCUGAAGCAAUAUCCUUUUACCUCAAUUUCAGUAUAACACCAGGGGGCAUUGCAGAUGCGAAGGACUGACUCCGAGGUGAGACCAAGCUUGGCAGAAAAAUGUAGGCCAAAGUAAUAUACUUUUUAAUUGACUGUUUAUAUUCCUCACCCUUAGAAUUUAAGCUGCAAAGUAAGGAUUUGCCUUCCCUUUUAUAUUUCCCUACCUAUAUGGUAAAUCCUUUCCCUUUUACAAAAGAAAAAAAAUACAAAUUGAAUAUUAUGAGAGUUGCGUGCUAA